UCGCAGUAUCGGACAAAGCACGCAAUAAUUCCUCCCUUUGCACGCUGCUAACAGAACCAUUAGGAGAAAGGAGAACGCUAAUGGCGUUGGAGAAGAGCAGGAUCUUGAUCAUCGGCGGCACGGGGUUCGUCGGACAGUACAUUGUGAGGGCGAGUGUGCGCACUGGACAUCCCACCUUCGCCCUCAUCCGGGAAGGUUCAGCCGGCUCCGAUCCUGACAAAGCUAGAGUCAUCGAUGACUUUAAAGCCGCCGGCGUCACGAUUGUCUACGGGGAUCUUCAUGACCAUGCGAGUCUUGUGAAAGCGAUAAAGCAGGUGGAUGUGGUGAUAUCGACUGUAGGUCAUGACCAGAUCGCUGACCAGCCGAAGAUCAUUGCUGCGAUUAAGGACGCUGGGAACGUGAAGAGGUUCCUCCCAGCAGAAUUUGGUAAUGACGUUGACAAUGUUCAUCCUGUCGAUGCAGCAAAGAAAUUAUUUGAUACGAAGGUCCAAAUCCGUCGAAUUAUUGAGGCAGAGAAUAUCCCAUACACGUUUGUUGUUGCCAACUUCACCGCGAGCUAUUUCCUUCCCUCCAUUGGGGAAGCUGGCCCCUGGAGUCCCCCAACCGAAAAGGUCGUCAUCAUGGGCGACGGCAACGCAAAGGUAAUCUUCAAUUGCGAGGAUGAUAUCGGCACGUACACGAUGAAGGCUAUCGAUGACCCGAGGACCCUGAACAAGAUUCUAUAUCUGAGACCUGCGGAGAACGUCUACUCUCAAAAUGAACUUAUCUCUCUUUGGGAGAAGAAGACCGGGAAGAAACUUGAGAGGAUCUAUGUUCCUGAAACUGAAGUACUGAAACAAAUCCAAGAGGCUCCGGAGCAUCGAAAGCUUCCGCUGUCUAUCCAUCACACUGCAUUUGUAAAGGGAGACCACACCAACUUUGAAAUCGACCCAGAAAAGGGUGUGGAAGCAACCCAGCUCUAUCCUGAUGUCAAGUACACUACUGUGGAUGAAUAUCUCAACAGGUUACUGUAGAACUUCUUCUAUAUUUUCUUUAUAUAAGGCUUUAAUGCAGUAAUUACUAAUUCGUAUAUGAUUAUGUUACUUUAUUUUAUUUUUUAUUUUUAUUAUUUUUCUUAGUUGACGUUUUGGUUAUUUGUCUGGUUGAAGUUUGAGUGUGAACAACUAACUUUGGUUAUAACUGUGGGUUUGUUGCUUA